AUGGAAGCUAAUGCAAGUUUCGCCGAUGGGGGCCUUUUAGUUUCCCUCUACAAGCAGCAAUAUGUUGCCUACUCUAACUUAACCAAUGGCUCAUCGGAGACUUCAUUCAACAUUUUAUUGGCAAGCAUAGUAGUUUCGGUUUUAGCUUUGAUAGUGAGAAACCAAAAGAACAGCAAGAAUAAGAAUCUGGCUGCUUUGAAACCUAAAAAGGCCAACAUUAUUAACAGGGUGUGGGGCAAAUGGACUCCAGACUACGACUUCAAGACUCCAACACCAGAGCCUUUCAAGUACUGGGAUUUCAAGAAGACCAAGCCCAUGCCAUAUCGCGCGUUCAAGCACAAGUAUACUGUUACCAUGGGUAUCAGAAACAUGGAGUGGGACAGCUGGAUUGAAUUGGACAACCAAUGGUUGCGCUACCACAACAACAAAUUGGACCGGUUUAAGGAAAGAGGUGAUGAGUUGUAUGCCACUUCUCCCUUGGCUACUGCUGCAGCCUACGAGUUGUUGGACGAGUUCAAGAGAUAUUUGCCAGCUAGAUACCCUGCAUUAUUCAAGGCUACAGACAUUGGGAUGGAUAAUUUGGAAACGGGCGAAUCGUAUGAUUUCCGUCCUGGACACCAUGACGAUCCUAUGAAGCUAGCUGCUAUGUUCACGCAGGACGACUUGGCCAUUAUGAUUGAACAUGAAGAUGGUAACUACUCGUUGGAAGCAGGAGCAAUUGCGUUGGCUGGGUUCUGGAGAUUGAGAGAUAAGUUCCAGAUGAAACUUAACGAGAUCCAUACUAGCGGUGAUGUGCCUAAGUACGAAACCAAUUUGAAGAUGGGGAUGACAAAGUUCUUUCGUCGUUUGACGGUAGAUAAACCUGUUGUGAGAAACAAUUACUUUAUUCAAACCGAUGACAACUUGGGCUGGUCCGACUCCAUUGGUCGUGAAGAUGUAGAAGAGAUUGGAGGCUGGUACACGGCCAAGGUGGCAUCUGAAAUAGACAAGUUGUAUUUUAGAAGCGAGAGACAGAGCUUGCGCCGUUUGCCCAUCAGUGGAGGAGUUGUGUUUACUAUCAGGACCUACUUCAUUCCUAUUACAGAAUUAUGCGACGAACCCCAUAUUCCCCGUCGUUUGUUGAAUGGUAUCAACAGUUGGUCAGACGAUGUAGAGGAGUACAGAGGAUAUCAUAAGUAUAAGGACAUUUUAUUGCCCUACUUGGAGAAGAGGGCAGAGGAGCAGGAGAAGGAAGGCUUGGGCAGUGAACCCGAAGUGUAUCCAUUCUAG